CUUGUGAGAGGGUCGAAAGAGAAAGGAGACGAGGGGGGACGAGGGAUAGACCAGACGGGGUGAGGCUUGUUGACAGUUUUCUCCCAGCCGUCCGGAGAUAUGAGCGAAAGAGGACUGCUGGCUAAGGCGGGGUCGGCCAUAUCGGCGUUCUUCGUGGUGCCCCUGGUGGCCACUCUCCUGUUUUGCUGGACCGUGGUGGGUUUCCUGUGCUCCCUCAAGGAAUGCGGCGUUUUCGUUUACGUUUCGGUUCUCGUGGUGACGGCGGGCUUGAUCGACACCAGGAUGGGGCAGGACGACUACGCGUUUGACUCGAGCUUGUUGGACCCUCUGGCCGUCCUGGUGGCGGCUUACCUCUGUUACCGGGUCCUCCUGCGGCACCACGACACCAAUGCCUCCCUCGCGGGCAGCCGGAGGCUCGCCUCCAUCCCCGUGGCUACGGCGGUGGCCGCUUUUCUGUCGGUGAAGAUCGUUGCUGUCGCCAGAAAUGAGGCUCAAGACCGACAGGGAUGGAAGCUGGCGUGGCUGUGGCUCGCCCUGGUGUCGUCGGCGUUUGUGUACGCGUCCAUGGCCCGUUGGUGGACCGACGCCUCCAUGCCGAGGCUGCAGGAGGCGGAAGCGGCCCUGCUGAAGAAGUACGCCCAGGUGGAGUUCGAGCAGUCAGUGGUAGCCGGCCUGGGCACCGUUUGCGUGAAGGGUUUCCACCAGUCCUUCGAGGCCGGCGUUCCGCCGAGCGGGGAGGCAGCCCCAGAGAAACCUGUGUUGGUUCUGCUGCACGGCUAUGCGGCGGGAAACGGGUUCUGGAUGUUCGUGCUGAAGGAGCUCUCGUCGCAUUUUCGGGUGGUUUGCGUGGAGAUGUACGGGUGCGGCCGCUCGGAGCGUCUCCCGUUCAAGGCAAAGGGCCCCGCGGAAACGGAAAAGAUUUUGGUGGAGUCGCUGGAAAAGUGGCGGGCAGAGAUGGGGAUAACGGAGAUGGUGCUCUGCGGCCACUCUCUGGGGGGGAUGAUGGCUUCCGCUUACGCGAUGUCCCAUCCUUACAGGUUGCGAAAACUCUUUCUGCUGUCUCCUGCUGGAAUUGGGGGCGUUCCUAUGGACGGGGACACCGGAAAGGACCGCCUUGUGUACAAGAUUUAUUCGUUUUUUUGGACCCGCGGGGUUGGGUUCCUUUUCUUGCUCCGCUGGGCAGGGCCGUUGGGGAUGAGAGCGGCCAAGAUUGUAGUCGCUAGGAGGUUGUCGUGGGUGCCAGAGGCCGCCAAGAUUAGGGAAGUUGACUCCGAUCUGCUAGGGGAGUACGUCUAUCAGCUGCUAGCACUUCCGGCCUCGGGAGAGAAAAUUAUCUUCCCCCUCCUCGACCCCAUGCUGCACGCCUACCGGCCCGUCCUAGAAACCCUGAAGGGUGGUGGUGGCGGUGCCAGUGAAUCUGCUACCGCUAGCGCUACCAGCAGCAGUCAUGGCGGUGGAGGUCGUGUACAACGGGGGGAAGGGGCUCCGCGGAGCGCGGCGGAGGAGGAGGGGAGGGGGAUCUCGUGCCCCGUGUCGAUAAUUUACGGUUCACCGGACCACGACUGGAUGCCCCACCGGCAUGGUAUUGCGCUUGCGGAAAGCUUGACGAGACAGGGAGUGACGGCGAAGGUCUACUCCGUGCCGGAAGCAGGCCACACGCUGAUCAUCGACAACCCCGAGGACUUCACGCGAAUAUUCUUAGAGGCCUAUUUUGACGCCGGGGUAUAGCUUACCCCCCAGGAACUAGUGUAGCCAGUCAGACGGAGGGCAGCAGGGACAGACGAUCACAGUGGGUUGAAUGUUCUCUCGUCGAUGAAGCACCAAGGUGACAUGUUGAUCUCAUGAGACGUUUGUUGAGAGGCAGAGGGUCCCAGUGUGAAUCGUGACCCUGCCACUCGUUGUCAUGAGUGACGUGCAUCCCUCUUGUGGCGGCUUGAAGGCGAUCUGCGUGACAUGCGGCAGCGGUGCCAUUCCGCUUCACUGCCGCUGCGGUUCACUGGCGCAACAUCAUGCUGGAGUGAUUGGUACAGUCUAGCAGGUGUUCUCUGUGAUAUCGCACGCGAUUUUGGCUACAUCGCUCGCGUUUGUUGUGUCCUUUCCUGGGCUUCCAUGUAUAUAGUACAUUGAAAGCGGUAGUUCGAACUAUUAAUUGGGUACCUUCAUGCCGCGCACACGGCAGUCCCGUUGAAGAAGUCGGCAGUCUUCAAGGGUCAGCCGUCCAGUGCAGUCGAAGUUAUUCUAUGCGUAUGAAGCACUCAAAAACACAUUUCCACUUGGGGCGAUUGAUGACUUGCUUGCUUAACCCUCCUAGUACUGGAAGCCUGUUUGGGGACGAUUUGAGGACACCUAGGACACCUAGGACACAGCACUCACAGGCCUGUUUUCCGCACUGUAGAUAACCUCGGCUCCGCUGUAUGCAACGUACGUGAGAACCCUUGGUCUAUCAUGCUCGGCUGAGGUGGUACGCUGUAUGA